UCCCCGGAUCGUCGAAGGAACCGGCUGCUAUAGGAAGCAGUGAGAAUGUUACGAAACAGAAUGUCUCUUGGAGAAAGAGCUGUUGCAACUAUUUGUACGACAGAGAAAAUAACUUGUUUUGUGAUAGGAGUGGUAAGAGUUGGUUCUAUAUUAUUGUUUAUUCCAUCAUGUAUCUGAUUUUCCUGAGUACGUAUACGUUGAUAUUCCUUUUUGGUUCGUUGUCAUUAAUCAAGUUUUUGGAUGACUUUCAAACUAUCGACAAAGUUGAACUCUUAACCUAUUCAACCCAAGGGAUCGGUUUAUCCGCAACCCCGACAUCAUUGAACAGCUUACCUGUUAUUUGGUACAGAAAUGACCCAGAAGAUUACGCGAAGUAUGUUGACGCGGUGGCAGAUGUACUUAAUAAAAGGAAGAAAAGGGAAAUUAAGAAUAUUACAGAUUUGGGAGCAUGUGGCUCAUCUCCAUACGGUUAUGGGCAUAGCCCUUGUAUCAUUUUAAGAAUAAAUAAACAACUCAAAUGGUCAGUAAAACCAAUGAAUGCAGAUAUAGCGAAAAAGCUAAAUGCUCCAAAAAAGGUGCAGGAAUGGAUGAAAAUGGAACAGAAAUUAUGGUUACACUGUGAUGGGAUUCACUCAUAUGAUAAGGAACAUCUGGGUAAACUCACGUAUUAUCCAGAUCCACCAGGAUUUGAUCCGAAUAUGUUUCCUUUGACUAAAAGCACUGAUUCUCCAUUGAUAGCGGUUCAGAUUUCUGAUUUUACGUUGGGGAUAUCGCUGGCUUUGGAAUGUAAACUAUGGCAUCACGAAGGAGUAUCAACUAUUGAAUUCAUGUUAUAUGUCACACCUAAGAAAAUAGAUCAUUUAUGAUAAUUUAA